UGAUUUUUGACAUUAGAUUUAAAUUUUUCCAUGCAGUUAUGCAGUCACGACUGAAAUACUGUCAAUUGAUCAUAACUUCUUGGGAAAUUAUCAGUCCAAUAUUUUUCCUUUACGUUCCUCGGAAAUACUUGGUAACUUGAGAUAUAUCGAAUUUCUGCAGAAAAAAAAACGUAAAUUUCACAAGCAGUUACUCAUGUUUUUUACGUAAUUAGAUCAAUUCUUGCUACGAGACAUUCCGUCUUGCAUUGAUGGAUAGAUAACCGUUUUACCGGCAGUUUUUACGGAAUCACUGGAAAACUAGAGUGGAUUCACCACUUUUUUCUCCAAUCAUUGAUUUUAACAAUCGAAACACAGGGUUUUCGCUUAUAAAUCGACAAAAUUUCACCUGUGAAUCGGCAGUAAGUAGAAUUUUUCAAAAAAACUAAAUAGCUGUGAAGAAAAACAAAACUUUACGGCAGCUACUGAGCUUGAACCUGGAUCCCGUCGUUUUUCCACUGUGCUAAGUCACUGAUGUGAAUGUUGAAUGAAAAUUCUAAUAUUGAGAUACGAAUUGACUAAUUGGAUGGGCGUUUACCAACGAUUCACUUCUAGCUUAUCGACAAUUCGACAAUCAAGUCACCGUCAUCAGUUUAUCAAGUGCCGAAGAAACUGCAGUGAAGUGACGAAAGAUUUACCAACAAAUUCUUAUUGUAGUGAUUUAUUUCCGUUCCAGCUCUCAGACGGAAUUUUAACAUCUGUUAGAAAAAUUUAAUUGAUCGGUCAAUUCGUUUAAAAAUUAUGGAAUAUUUGCGUGCAUCUAAUAUCACGUUAAUAAUUAUAAGAAUAAAACUAAAAAACGAGCUGAAGUUACUAUUAAUUUGUAAAUUUAUUCAAUGAGAAGCCUGCACUUCUUGGUUUAUAGAAAUUUUGAAUUUGGAGGCACAUUUUUGAAUAAUCGAGAAUUUAUAGAAAGACAACAUUAUUAACAAAUUCAAUUCAGGACAUAUGUGUUACAAUCAGUACAAUAUCAGUAUCAGUAAAGUAUGCGUCGACAGUGCGAGUGCGCGUUCGCAUAGAAGAACAUCCAUGACAUCGUAGUAAUAACAGCCACCUGUCGAUCCAACCGUAUUCCGAUGGCUAGACAGUAGUUAAAAGUAGGCUUCUCAUUGAACAAAACAUGUUAAAACUAUUACAAGCACUCAUCGUUACUCAAUAAUAUUACGAUCAAUAGUUAUAAGAUCAUAUGAUAAUACCGAAACUUUUAAAAUUUCUAGUUCGUUACUCGAAAAAAAAAGGCAUGAAAAGCUCCUUUUUUAAAAACAUUUUAAGUGAAUAAAUAUUUUAUAACAUAUAAGAAAUCAUUAAAAUAAACUAGUGAAAAAAAUACUCGCUUAGUCAUCGCAUUAUAAAUAUUUUUUGAUAUCAAAUACAGCUCAUUUACUCACAGGAAACUGACUGGUAAAACAUUUUUCAUCUGUUGAUCCUCUCGAUUUAAUGUAAAUGGAAUGCUAAUUUUUACUCGAAAAUGGAAUCCCAAUACCUUUCGAAUAACUUGAGAAGUAAAAAUACUAAGUGGGUCUGUCCAAGUGAUCGUCAGUUAGCGCUGCGGGGAAAAUUAAAAACUGGAUGGUCAGUGAAGAGUGUAAUUUUAGAUGGUGGAUAUAACGAUCACACGUUACAUUCAUCCUAUUCUAGAAGUCUUUCUUCACUUAAUAAUGUGUCUCAAAACUCAACCGCCUUGACAUCAGAGGAACAAAAACGAAUAAUUGAGGUUAUUAAGCGAGCAGAGGUCUUAGAUCUGUCUGAACAAGAACGAGUUGGUAAACUAGUUGAACGUCUAGAUAAUAUGAAACGCAAUGUUUCAAUAGUCGCCGCAAGAUCAAACAAUAAAAGUUGUGGAAACAGGUGCAUUCGCGAUAACCAAUGUGUUUGUUCUUGUGCUUUAUGCAGUGAAAAAUUUUCCGUUCUUGGAGCUGGAUCGGUUUUGUGUAGAGAUUGUUGCAAAUACGUUUGUAAAAAAUGUGGUGUCGAAACUACAACGAUAUCAGCAUUAGUAUUAACAAAUGAAUCACGAAUGAAGUACAAGAAACCAAUCGCUGCUUCUUCAACACCCAAUAUUUCAUUAGCUAAAUCUUUCAAUGAUGAUGAGCCAAUGAAAAUAUCCACUAAAAUUUUUCUAUGUCGUAUUUGUACUGAAACACGCGAGAUGUGGAAAAAAAGUGGCGCUUGGUUCUUUAAAAGUUUACCCAAAUAUAUUUUACCGGAAAAAAAGAAAAUUAAAAAGGAGCCUGAAAACGUCAACAGUGGGCUAAGCACUUCUUCAGAACCACUUGAACAAGAUUCGUCCUCUGACGAUGAUGUUACUCCGAUUUCAAUUAAAACUCAUUCAUUUCUUUCACGCAGUUUGUCUUCAAGUCUUACUGGGUUUCCUCAAAAACAAAAUGUCGAUAAUAAAGCAGAAGUUGAAAUCGAGCAUGAUACCGAAACAGUUACUGAGAUUAAUGAUAUGAAAAGUAAUCCAAAUAAAUAACAUUUAAAA